CGCUCGGCCUCCGCCCGGGGCAGCGGCGGGAACUGCGGAGGGGCUGCAGGCACUUGCACCCGCGCGCUGGCGGCCACGGCGCCCAGGCCCAGUUGCCCGCCUUCGUGUCUGUCUCGCUCAGAUCACCCUAGGGCUGCUGCUCCACGACGUGACCAUGGCGGGGCUGCAGGAGCUGCGAUUCCCCGAAGAGAAGCCCCUGCUCCGGGGCCAGGACGCCUCCGAGGUGGAGAACUCGGAUGCCUUCCUCUUGACUGUGGACACAGACUGGAAGGAGCAUGACAUCGAGACGCCUUAUGGCCUUCUGCACGUGGUGAUCCGUGGCUCCCCUAAGGGGAACCGCCCGGCCAUCCUCACCUACCAUGACGUGGGCCUCAACCACAAGCUGUGCUUCAACACCUUCUUCAACUUUGAGGACAUGCAGGAGAUCACCAAGCACUUCGUGGUGUGCCAUGUGGACGCCCCAGGGCAGCAGGUGGGGGCGUCGCAGUUUCCUCAGGGGUACCAGUUCCCCUCCAUGGAGCAGCUGGCUGCCAUGCUCCCCAGCGUGGUGCAGCAUUUUGGGUUCAAGUACGUGAUUGGCAUCGGAGUGGGAGCUGGGGCCUAUGUUCUGGCCAAGUUUGCACUCAUCUUCCCUGACCUGGUCGAGGGGCUGGUGCUGAUGAACAUCGACCCCAAUGGCAAAGGCUGGAUCGACUGGGCUGCCACCAAACUCUCCGGCCUGACCAGCACUUUACCUGACACGGUGCUAUCCCACCUCUUCAGCCAGGAGGAGCUGGUGAACAACACGGAGUUGGUGCAGAGCUACCGGCAACAGAUUGGGAACGUGGUGAACCAGGCCAACCUGCAGCUCUUCUGGAACAUAUACAACAGCCGCAGAGACCUGGAGAUUAACCGGCCUGGGACAGUGCCCAAUGCCAGGACCCUCCGCUGCCCUGUGAUGCUGGUAGUCGGAGAUAACGCACCUGCGGAGGAUGGGGUGGUUGAGUGCAACUCUAAGCUGGAUCCCACCAUCACGACCUUCCUAAAGAUGGCAGACUCAGGAGGGCUCCCCCAGGUCACACAGCCUGGGAAGCUGACAGAAGCCUUCAAAUACUUCCUGCAAGGCAUGGGCUACAUGCCCUCGGCCAGCAUGACCCGCCUGGCCCGCUCUCGCACUGCCUCCCUCACCAGUGCCAGCUCGGUGGAUGGCAGCCGCCCGCAGCCCUGCACCCACUCGGAGAGCAGCGAGGGGCUGGGCCAGGUCAACCACACCAUGGAAGUGUCCUGUUGA